UCGAACUCGAGGAGCCCAUUGCUUGUUUUCCUGCCUGGGAAUCCCGGGUUCAUCAACUACUAUACCGUUUAUCUACAGGCAAUCCACAGUAGGUUCCCAGAAUUGGAGAUCCUGGGCAUAUCGCAUUGCGGGUUCAGUUCGCUGGACGGUCCUGUGGACGAGGUGUUUACACUUGAUGACCAGAUAGAACAUAAGGUGUCGUUAUUAGAGAAGUACACCGGUAGGCCGGUGUUCAUCAUGGGACACUCUGUGGGCUGCUAUGUACUGCAACGAUGCGUUGAGAGACUGCCGCAGUUGGACUGGAGAUUCCACGGGUUGCUGAUGCCCACGAUUGUGGAGAUCAACCAGAGUGCAAAGGGCUCAAAGCUGAGUCCUGUGGUGUCCAAUCUCACCUCCUUUGCCCAUGGCGUUGGCUACCUCGGGUAUUUGACACAGUACAUUCCAACUAGAUGGAUGACCUCCCUACUACAUACCGUCCUUAAAGAUGGGAAUGAGGACAGUAUCCAGUGUACCAAUCUGUUGGUGACAAGCCCUGGGUUCAUAAGGCAGGCUCUGGGGUUGGCAACAGAGGAGAUGGGUACGAUCCGUGACCUUUGGGGAUACCAAUCGCAGUGGUUUGUGCAGACAAGUGGAGAUAUAUGGUGUGUGUUCACUGAGGGAGAUCACUGGAUCAAGGACUCUACACGCGAUAGAUUGGUGCAGAUGUUCACGGAGACAGAGGGCAUAGAUGUUGAUGUAUUGAUGACAGAGGAAUACACGCAUAGUUUCUGCGUUUCAAAGAGUAUGGAGUUUGCA